AUGUCCGAAGAUGUCUGCCUCUCGCUGGGGCUUAUUUACGAUCCAACAAUAAAGCUCAACAUGCAGUCUGCAAACAGAGAAGUUGACCAGUUGCUCGAACUGGUUCGCAAUGUACUGUUCCAAGUCGGAGAUAUUGUCCUCUACUUCAUUCAGGGUGGUACCAUUCACAGCAAGGAAGAAAUGUUGGAUGCAUUGGAAGCCAGAUUGAAGGAGAUGCAUCAGUCGGACAACCAAGGAGAAGAGGAACUGGAUAAAGAACAAAAAGAUGAGGAGUCAGGGGAUGAAGACAAAGGACUGAAAGACCAGUACGACGCAAACGAGUCAGAAUAG